AUGAAAACUACCAUUUUCACUUCUGCUGCGACUGCUGUCCUCAGCUUUGCCUCUGGUACUGUUGCCAAUUCCUGUACCUGGUCUUUCUUUGGAGGACCUGUCUAUAAGAGCUGGAUCAUCGUUGCCUCCGGUGUGGAUGACAUCCCGGGCAAAUGCGGCGGUUUCUGGGACAACAUGAACAACAAGAACUUCCACAGUGCCUGCACUCUUUCCUUUACAAACUGCGAAGACCAGAAUGGAGAGAUGGUUGCCACCUUCAAAUCGGGCUCCGGUUGCAACAGCGGCCACGUCGAGUCGGCAUGGUGGGAGGCAACUAGGAACAAGUUUGGCGCCCUUCACUGCGUUGAAAAGUAA